AUGGAGACGUUACCCAGCUCCAUGUGUCGAGCGUGCCGACUGCGGCUCCUCAAACCAUCUUCAACCCGAGGCUUCAGCACAUCCGCAGCGCGCACGCACAUUCCUCCCGAAUCACCGGUCUUUGUCGACGUGCCAGAACCAUAUCAGUCCAUUCGCGAGCGACCCAUUCCGGCCAAAGGCCUCCUCCCUGUCCCUCGUGAGCUCUUCCCCGCCCGCCGCCCGGACAAGCCAGGCAAGGAGUAUCUAGCGAAUGUGACACGGGACCCUCUACCGAAGAAUGUUGUGCCAGAGGAGGAGCUCACAGAAUUGGGCAAGUACAAGAGGCGGAUGGCCGAGCUGCGCAAGUCGUAUCUUCGCGAUGGCCUGAAAGAGCUGCAUCGUCGGAAGAAGUCGAUUGACGCUCAGCUCGUACAGCGCAGUGCACAUAAAUGGCACGAGAGUGCUCGGCUAGCCGCGCAGCAGGAGCGAGAGGAUGAACGGCUGACUAGGAUCUCCGUACCUUCGGCCAUGCAGCCCCAAAAACCACUGCAGUUGUCUCCUGAGGAAGAGCUGGCAAUUUACAAUGCGCGCAAGGCCGCACAUGACGCGCGAGUGGCUGCUAAGCAUGAGCAGCGCCUUGAGAAGCUACACACGCUCUACAUGAAUGCUCGUGGCUUCAUCACUACAAAAGACCAGCUGGCAGCGGCGCUGGAUGCGACUUUCACGACGACCAGGAGUAUCUGGCGCUCUGGCAAGCCGGAUACAGUGGAGGAAAUGAUUCGGCGUGGCCGGGACAGGACAUCCGACCAGGGCCGUGGUGGAAUGAUGCUCGCUACCGAUGUCAAUGAGCGGGCCCUGCGUGACCAGGAACGCAUGCAAAAGAUCGCCGAGAAAUUGAGCGGGGGAAAGAUUUAA